AUGAGAAUUGCCAUCCAAGGUUGCUCCCACGGCAGUCUCGCCGAAAUAUACGACACAGUCGAGCAGUACACCACCACUACCGGCAAUCAGAUCGACCUCCUCCUUCUCUGUGGUGAUUUCCAAGCUCUCCGCUCUGUCCACGACUUUCCAUCUCUCGCUGUCCCGGACAAAUUUAAGCAGCUCGGCACUUUCCAGCAGUAUUACUCGGGUCAGCGAGUUGCGCCAGUCUUGACAAUUGUCAUCGGCGGUAAUCAUGAGGCGAGCAACUACAUGUGGGAAUUGUAUCAUGGAGGGUGGCUGGCGCCGAGCAUAUACUACAUGGGAGCUGCUGGGAGUGUAUACGUGAAUGGGCUGCGAAUUGUAGGAGCUAGUGGUAUUUACAAGUCGUUUGACUAUACGAAAGGCAAGUGCCACCACGAGAGGGUCCCUUAUGACUCUAAAUCUCUGCGGACGAUCUACCAUAUCCGAGAGUAUGAUGUCGAGAAGCUUAUGCGGUUAACGCCGUCGCCAAAUACUAUUGUCAUGUCUCACGACUGGCCAACUACAAUAGCCCAUCAUGGAGACAAGCAAGCUCUCCUGAGGAGAAAACCAUUCUUUGCUGAAGAGGCGAGUACCUCUAUCCUCCUCGGCUCACCACCCCUGCUCAAACUCAUGAACCACUUUCAACCCGCCUACUGGUUUGCCGCCCAUCUCCACGUCAAAUUCGCUGCCCUCUACCAGCACAACUUUCCCUCGCACUCUCAAGACUUGAUCGCUCAAAAUCAAUCGGUCCACAAUCCUGAUGAGAUCUUGAUUGAGGACGAAGAACCGCUGGUGGAGACUGGAAAGGCGGGCAACCCGGAUGAGAUCAAGAUUGAUGACGAUGAAGAUAUGGGAGAUGGGGCAAAGGGGAACCCAGAUGAGAUCGUAAUGGAUGAUGGAGAGUUUGAGGAUCUCCCCGCGACCGGAGGAGGGGUCAAGGAGAGGGGGAACCCGGAUGAGAUCCUAGUGGACGACGACGAGUUUGAUACUCCCACUGCCGCCCCGCAAGGAGUCUCUCAAACACCUGCCGGCGAAAACCCGGACGAGAUUGUGUUGGACGACGAGAUCGAUGACCCACCUUCCCCUGCUGCCCCCACCAAUGACUCUAUCCCUGCCCCUGCCCCUGCUGCCCACACUGCCGCCCCCGUACCUGUUCCCGCUUCUGAACCCACCCAGCCCUCUACCACCCUCAUGGAACCCAUCGACGAAUCCGCCGACCUCCUCGCUGCUGCCCGUGCCAAAGGUGACGGAUCUACCGCUACCGGCACCAUCGCCCCCUCUCCCGACGACGCCAUAGCCGAGCGCUUACGCAAAGAAGCAGAGGAAGAAAAGAAACGAUGGUCUGAACUCGCAAAGAAUGCACCUGGUGGGCAAGGAGUCCCGGGGUCCACCAAGUUUUUGGCGCUGGACAAGUGUGGGCCGAAUAAGAGGCAUAUGCAGUUUAUAGAGAUCCCCGACCUUGAACCAAACCCUUCAUACCCUCCACGCCUGACAUACGACCCCGAAUGGCUCGCCAUCACCCGCGCCCUCCACCCCUACCUCCCCCUGGAAUACCACGCCAUCCGCCCCCCUCCCUCGCAUAUACUAGGACAGAUGAUUGAAGACGAACGGAUAAGGAUGAGAGAAGAAGGUCUGUUGGUACCGCAGAUCCCGAAGGAGGGUGAAGAGGAGGGAGAGGAGUUGGUAUGGGAGAAGGGGAAGAUUGAUGUGGGGAGGGUGCAGAGAUUCUGGUGGACGGCACCUCCACAAGGAGAGCCCGGAGGGAGUGCUACGGCUUGGUAUACCAACCCUCAAACGCUAUCGUUCUGCGGUAUGUUGGGCCUGGACAACAAGAUCAAUCCGGCUCCUCCGGUCCCUCUAGCACCUGCGCGAUAA